CAACAAGCCGGGUAGUACCGCGUUGGCGCGCAAACCGAUUGGUCGUGUUCCGUCGAUGCGUUCUUGUGUUUAUGUCAUCCUGGUACAGGGAAUAAUUUUCAGUUUGUGGAUUUAUGUGUUUGUUUAUUUGUGGAAACGUUCUGGGUUAAGGAUACGUGAACUAGAAGAUUAAAUGUGAAAUCUACGGCCGCAGGUAGACAAAUGUUUUCUGUCGCCUCAUGAAGCACAAGUGAUAUCAAUCGGCCCAUAUUAGUUUGGUAAAAUCCGACCCAGCCACGCUACCGUCAUGACGCUGCAUUGGUGGAUGCACUGGUUCUGGGUGACGACGCUGCUGGUUAUUGUUGUGAGCACCGGAAGAACCCUUGCUGCGCCUCAGUCAGACGAACUAGAACAGGGAUCGAACCUUGAAACUGAACGUUAUGCCGAGAGACAGCCUAGAGCUAUGUAUUUCACGAAAACACCACAAAUAACUACUACAAAGUCGCCAGAGAACGUAACUCAAAAGGAAAUACCAAAGAGUUCUGUCGCGCCAAAUGUAUCGUUGACAACAGACGCCGUCCAAAUUCAGUGGACUCCAGUGAACAUCACAGACAAUGCAACUUUUGAAAGCAACCCCAGUGUGAACACAACUGCAGGAACAUUUACGAACGUGACAGAAGCGCAGAACGCGACAUCCGCUCCCAAAAGGCGUAAUUUGACGAGACCAGACUUUAUAAAAGAUGGUAUUGCUUUAGAGGGACUGUUGGAGAGUCGGAUAGUGACUGAAAAGCCGUUAUCCUUGGAAACGGCGUUCUUGCAAACGAGGAUACCGCCGAAUAUAGAAUCUUCUAGACGGGUCAUAGAUCCCGGCGAAGGCGGGAUGGAUACUGGCGCGAUAGCUGGCAUAUCGUUUGCUGCUCUGGUGUUAGCGGCAUUGGCUGGGAGCACUGCGUUCAUUCUAUACCGAAGGCGGUAUCUGAACAAACCUCAGACGUUGAACGAUAAAUGUUCUAACCCUGACUCGAGUGGAUAUCUUGAUGAUAGCACUAUAAGAGACAAUUCAGAAGAAAUGUACAGCCUGGACAACGACUCGUUCCUGAACUCUCUAGAAGCUAUGACCAUACAAAACUAUUGGACUGACACAGUGAAACACACCAAGUUAUAAAAACAAACUCAGACACUAUGUGACAUUUGUGACAAUUUAGUUAUUAAGAUUUAAGAUAAAAACUUAUCUUCAGAGUUAGUGUAUUUCAAUUACUUUAACGUUAUUUUGUGUUGUGUAAAUAAUUUAGUACAUUUGUAGCUUUUACAAUUGUUGUCUUCUUAUUGUGACUGUAUUUAGGACUAGAAAGUUCGCGCUGUUUUUUCCAACAUUUUUUCUGCGAUGGCGUUUUGCGACGUCGCAAAUGAAGCGCAUGUCAUUUGUCUGUAAUCCAAAGUGAAUAUUUAAUCGGAAAUCGCCGAAAAUCGUUCAUAGUACCUGAAUAAGCCCCAGAUACAUUUUAUUUGAUUCUACACAUACAUUUCUCUUUCUCACAUACGUGCAAGUCACUUACUGAAAAGGGAUAGAGCGAUGAAUAAAUUUUUAAUAACUCCAUUCGUAUUUAUUAAGUGAUUAUUUUAUUAGUAACCUUGAUCGGUCUUUAUUGAAUAAAGACGGUGAGGUAUACUUUGAAAUAUUUCUCUAUAAAUAUAUUGGUGAAUAUAUGAAAAAACCGUUAACUUUAAGUCCAUCACUGACUUUCGCGGAAUAGAUAAAAUAUUUAAGUCAAAUAUGUAAUGCUUUUUUUGCUUUAAAUCUUUAGCAGAUUUGGUAUUUAUACAACUUUUAUGUAGAAACUGUGAACUGUGGGUUUUUAAUUAGUCUGAAUGGUGGGAUGAAUAUUUUUUAAAUAUUCCAUGGCCCCAUAUAUCAAUGGGUGUACGAGGUGUGACAAAUAACUAUAAUUUUAAUAUUGUUCAUACGACUUAUCAAUUUAUUUAUUUAAUUUUAUGGCUAUUGUAAAUAUCUAAUAAUUAUUUAGUACUUAAUUUUGUGAUAAAACAUAAAACUACAGCAUACACUAUAUUCUUAAACUCAAACAAUUUUACUUGCAACUCUCAUUCGUAGUUAAAAGCUGGUAAUAUUAAACAAAAAAUUACAAUUCCCGCCAAAUGUCAGAUUUCUUUAAAAUAAGUAAUUUAAUAUGUGUCUAAAUCAUGGAUUAAAUACAAAAUAAGGCGGGAUUAUAUCUUUAAAGGCUUCUUAAACGCCAAAUGAAUGUCGAUAUCUAAAAUUAUAUUAAUUUGCAUAAUAUAGAAAUAGAUGCUAAUGAUCUCAAUAUUCAAAUUAGUUUUUGUUCAUAAUAUUAUAUUUUAGCUUCAUAAUGCUAUUAUCUGUAAUAUAUUAUAAUUUAAUUCAAUUUACUUAAAUUCGUAUAACUUACCAAAAUAUGACCGUGUAACGUUUAUUUUUAAAUUUUAUUUAAACAUUCGGUAAUUUUGUGAUUUUAAAAUGCAUAGUAUUAUGGGACUUUAUUUACUUUCGAUUUGAUUUUGGUAGUUUUUAAAAUUGUUAUUACUAUAUGCACUUGCCUAAAAUAUUUUUAAAUAUAGCAACUAACUCAUUAAAUAUCAAAACAUCGUUUGAUAAGGGACUUAUUUUGUUUUAGUGUGCUCUUUUUGAACGCAAAAAGAGUCACCCUGAAACAAUAUACAUAGUUAAAAUAUCCCAUUUAAAUAAUAUAACAGUACAAUAGAAAUUUAAUCCAAAGAAAAAAAAAAUACAUGAGACACACGUUCUAGCUAUAUAAAUAAACUUAACAAUUGAAAAUUUACUCUAAAAGGAUAUAAAACAUUUUAAGGUGCUUUGGGGUAAUUCUAGCAGCGUAAAAAAACGCUUGACAAAGAUGAUGUUAUUAUAUAUUAUAUUUUCAUACUGAGACAACUUCUGUAUCCACUAAUUUUCGAAAUAACUCUACAUUCGCACAUACCUCAAUGCACUUUACAUGUAAAAUUUAAAUAAAUGUCAUCUGAAUACAUGUUUUCUAAAAUAAUAAUAUUAUAUAUGAUUAAUGUGUCAAUACAAAAAUUCAAAGAAUUUUCUCGCAUCAGCUUUUACAUAAUUUAUAUAAUCCAGGGCGUUACUUGAACGGUGACAUUUAACAAGUAGGCUAGUCUUUUAAUUGAACAGCUGAUUAAGCUAGCAGGCUGCGUCAUACAUACUCUUCUUAUAUCAAUGAUUUUAUUCCCCUUCCAAAAUAUAUUUACAUAAAUAUAUUCACUUCUUACUGCUUUGUGUAAAAUCUAUUUACAAUUUGUUUUUGAAAUAUUUUUAUUUGGUACCUAUGUGUAUGAGUUCUUAUUGUGAUUUUGCUUUCCGUCCACUACUUUGUUGCAUUUAUAUUGUUCAGUUUAUGUUUCUGUGAAUUUUAUUGUUCUGAGUGGAUAGUUGUUCUUAUUUGAACAUUUGAAAUUAAUUAUUGUAAUUUGCUUUAUUGUGUAAAUGUCACCAUAAAACUGUAAACACCGAUAGAUUAUUAUAAUCGAUUCUGCGAAUUGUAAUCCGUCAAAAAAUUGUCAUCCGUAACAUAAUGCUUACAAUCCAACACAUUAUUUUGCGUUAGAUUAAAUAUUAUAAUCUAUUUAUACAUAAUCUGCACCUGAUGGACGUUUGGGGGAGGUAAAUUCUCGGCAUAAUACAUAACUACGCUAUUUUCGCAUUAUAGUAAAAAAAAAAA